AUGUAUCUCUCGUCUAUUUACAAGGUGGUACUGGCAGGGGUGUCCGAGGAAGCUUUGAAGAAUCGACUGCCGCUAAUCUCUUGGGGUCUGGCACGCCACGGUGGUCCGAAUGCAGCUCAGCUGGCCAGGCUGACAAUGCUACGAGUAGGGGCUGGCCUCUUUCUCGAAAAGUUACUCCAGCCUCAGUGCAUCGGUGCCAGGAAUUCCAAGACGCGGGAAAACACGCUGCAACUACUCAUCUUCUCACUAGUCACGUUUCCCAGUACCGAGUUCAAGGUAAAGUCCGCGAUCGACAAGGUCGUCAUUAUGGUCGGCGAUCGCCGUAAGAGGGUGCGACACUCGGCCCUCGACACUCUGGCGAUACUCUCCCAAAUUUACGACUCGGAGGAUAUACUGGAAGCGAGCAAGCGGUACACGAAGGGUAAACCGGAUGGGCCAAUGAUCCACGCGGCUAUCAAGACUCGGCUCUCUCGGAAACUGUUGCCGAACGUGUCGUCGGAUGGACUCGUUGUUUACGGACUUCAAAUAUCGUCGAAUUCCCAAUACACCGGAGCUGAUGUGGAGUGGAUAGUCGCUGGCAGUGGGUCAGUUUCGCCAGGAACGGGUCGUACGCGCGGACAGCUUAUUACGAUGUCGAAAAGGGAAAAUGACGAGAGUGAACUAACCGACUACGCAAAGAAGCCGAAAGCCCGACCGUCGAGCGAGCGCAGUUUGUCAAGUGGGCUCGAGAAGGACGAGAGAACGUCGUCGUGGAAACUUUUACCCCAAACGGACGAGAAUGACAAGCCCCGCAGGAAGGUAGACCGCGCCUCCAAGUCGGCCGAUGUAUCCAAAGCUCACACCCCGGCGUUCGAGCUCCACAGCAACCAAGUGCUCAAGGAGGAGGAGGAGGAGGAGGACAGAACUCGCGAGCCCUACUCAACCCCCAAGCGAAGACUCGAGGGCCCGAGUCCCAAUGGCGAACCCGUGAAGCCCGCGUCCACGGACGAGUCGUCCACUCAGGGGCGAGUCAGCAGCAGCGCACCCCCACCGAGGCACGAGUCCCGGAUCCCGGUCUACAUGGGCACGAAAGCCGCUUCUCCCGAAUCAUCGAGAAAGGACAGCUGCUGGUCGGAGGACGCGUUGCGCCCCAACGCCAACAGCAGCUAUCCAAGAAUGCUCCAGAAGCGGAGUUGGGACGUGGGGAAGAGCGCAGCUCCUCGGACGAGCUACACGAUAAGCUACGCGUACCCGGGCAGGUACGUGCACCCGCGGUACAGGGACUCGUGCGAGGAAGCGAGGAACGACCCGGUGCUCCAGAAGUGCCGGGAGAAGCCAAAGGGUGGGUUCAGGGAGAAUCAGCGGGUGUUCAGCUACGAGAAACUGAAUAGGGGUGUAGACGACGGGGCGAGGCAUCCCCGGGGUUUCGACGAGUCCUCAGGAUAUCGGUACACAUCGAGAACCUGCACGGAAACGUACGAAACGAUAUACCAGAGGCAGCGCCGGUUGAAGGAGAGCCGAGGGUCGGCACCCGGUGUUCCCUUGUACGGCCAUGCCUACGAGGGCUACGUUGCAGACGUGAAAUUUCCCGUUGAAAGGGUUAGUGUCGGGAUGGUCAAAGGUACCAGCAGAACUCAGGCCGAGUCUAGUCCACAGAAGAGAAACGCGUUCGCGACGCCGUUCGACCAGUCGACAAUGGCAAUUGGUAAGGAAAAUAUUCAGCAUCGCGAGGCAAACGGCAACAAACCACGUGUACUCAAUGGUGGCAGCAAGUCAGCGACGACGAUUUCUGCCUCUGAUCGAGCCCCUUCACCCCGUCAAGGUGGUGGUGAGGCGAGAUCGAGCAGCGGGAGCAGCUUGUCGUCCAAUCGAUCGGUGUCGAGCCGAACGCGAAGCCGGCCGGCUCUACCGGCGCACACGGAGAGCGACGAGUCCAACACAACCGAGAACAAGUCUUUCAACGUGAUCAGCGCCGAAAAACGUCACAGCUUGCACGACGCACCCGACGUUCCUCAACCCUUGCGACCGAGCUCCGAUAGCGAGGACGAGCUGCGGCCCCCUGGGCAAUCUUCAUCAGCGAACUCGUCGUCCGGUCGGCUGAACGACCAGCCAAGCACCAACUUUGGGCGCUCGAGAUCGGCGUUGUCGAUCGACAAGGUACCACCGAUCAAGCGCCAACCGGCGGCAAAGCACUCGCUCGAGUCCUUGCUGAGGGAAGCCAAUGGGACGGCCAAACCCCGGGAGGACGUCCAUCUGCCGCCAUUACAGUGCAACGGCCACGGAGACCAGUCGUCGUCCGUCAAGUCCAGCCCGGCUUCCGGAAGCUCCAUCAGCGAGCGGGCCUUCAGCGCCAGGCGCAGCUCCAAGUCGAUCACGGAGCUGAACAACCACCCAGCCAAAGAGUCGUCCGAGUCUCCUGCGGAUGAGAGCGUGACUUUCGAGACGUUGGACUUCCGGAACGGCGUCUCGGCCACGAGGAGAUCGACGAGCGCGACCCUGGCCGACUCGCCCCCCGGGCCCCGGCCGCUUUAUGCAAACUCCAACGUCAGCCUGUACAGUAGCGACAGUACGACGAUGUCGCCGAGCAGCCCGAAAAGGUUCGUGAGCCAGAGCAUGCCGGUCAUCGCAAGGGCCACCGACUCGGACGACCCUUCGCCCGUGCCGAUCGGCUUCGACGAUGGACGUCUCGACGAGAGUUACUCGGAAGAUGGGAGUGACGGGAGCCAUGAUGAGCUGGCCGGAAACAAGCCACAGGUAUCGCGUCUGCCAACGCCGGUUGAUCUACCAAAGAAACUGUGCAAGCUAUCGCCAUGCCGGUUGAGGCCCCAACGAAAUUGCCAGAGAGCGUUGCCGUCGGUCACUAGCCGGCAUCACGACAAACACCCGGAAAAAACGUCCAAGGCUGUGCAACAGUGCCUCGCUCAGCUGGACAGCAGCGCUUGGGAAAUGACUCUCAAGGGCCUGAGGAUGCUGGCACAGCUGGCGAAGGAGGAGCCCGAGCAGUUGGACGCCUGCGUGCCUGGGCUGUUACCUCGGGUGCUCGGCAAGCACGUGAAGAACUUGCGCUCGCAAGUGGCCCGCGUCGCCUGCUCGACUACCAGCGACGUAUUUCGUGCUCACGUGCGCGGAAUCGAACAGGACCUCGAUGAGGUCGCGGGAGUUCUGCUGCACAGGACAGCUGAUACGAACAGAUUCUUGAGAGAGGACUGCAACGCUGCCCUCGACAGCAUGAUCGAGCACUUUCCACCGCACCGGACCAUCAUGACGAUCGUCAAUCGUGGAGCCAAACAUCAGAAUACGGUAGUUCACGCAACGACAGCCAGACUGUUGUACUCGAUCGUCAGUGAAAUCGGCCCGGACUGCGCGAUGGCUCUACCGCGGGAGGUCAGGGACAAGCUGUUCUCGACGACGGCUAAACUCCUUACCGAUGGGAAUCUACAGGCGAGGAAACACGCCAAGGAAACGUUCCGUCUGCUGGUACCGUGCGAAGGGUUCCGCAAGGCAUUGACGGACUCCGUGCCGGAGAGCACCCUGCGACUGAUCGAAAAAACCUUGCGAUCUCUCUGAUAACGCGGUGUAAAUACAUGAUAGAUGAACGAUUUUUUUCAAAAUAAAAUUAAAUAAAAACAAAAAAAAUAUAUCAGAGUUUAGACGUAUAGUCGUGCGGAUUGUUCGAUUGCGAGGAGAGAAAAAUUUAUCUACUAAUUGCGAGUUCGUGGAUGUUUGUUUACUUUUUUUGUAGAUGAAUAAAUUAAAACCUAUGGCUGGUUGUUACGGUGUGCAAUAUAUCUGUAGAAACUUCAGGGGUGUGCAAAAUAACGAUUGUUUUUACUUAUUUUUAAA